CAUAUCCGACGUCGUUUUCAGUUGAGAAGCAAAAGUCGAGGGCUUAAAACACAAAACCACAAGCCCUAAAACCCCAAAUCUCUCUGCUCUCUUUCACUAAACUCAGAGCGCCUAGCCCUAGAUUUCAUCUCCUCGUCAACAAUGAAGCUCGUCAGGUUUUUGAUGAAAUUGAACAACGAGACUGUCUCCAUUGAGCUUAAGAAUGGGACAAUUGUUCACGGUACUAUCACAGGUGUGGAUAUCAGUAUGAACACACAUUUAAAGACUGUAAAACUUACACUGAGGGGGAAGAACCCAGUGACUCUAGAUCACCUGAGUGUUAGGGGGAACAACAUCCGUUACUAUAUCUUGCCUGAUAGCUUGAAUCUUGAGACCUUGUUGGUGGAAGAGACACCGAGGGUUAAGCCCAAGAAGCCAACUGCAGGGAGGCCUGUGGGACGUGGUAGGGGACGUGGACGCGGGCGUGGUCGUGGGCGAGGCCGUUAAUUCUGUUGCACUGCUACAAUUUUUCCAAUAUUAUGUUUCAUUGCAUUGUUGGAGUUUAUAUGGUAAUGUGCCAACAGUACCUAAAAUGGACGAUCGGAGGUUAUUAGUUUAAGUUAUGCACCGAGUGGGAUUCAUGUCUGUUCAAUUAAACUUGGCUCCUUUUAGGUGGUCACAAAUCCUCAUCUAGUUUCAAGUAUGGAGUAUUGUUCUAGUGUAAUGUGUAGUUUCUGCUUUGUCUAUUUGAAAAUUAUGCUCUACAAUCUUACUUCUAAAUUAGUGAAUUCGAGGCUCCUUGGAUGUUUUGGCCGGUA